GUCAGAUAUUAUUUGACAUUGCACACAUCCUCCUCACAAGCACUUCGACACCAAAACUAGUCACGAUGGGCUCCGUAGGAAACACCACUGCUCCCGCGGCCGCUGCUGCCCCGCCGGCAAAGACCUGGGCCAUCUCGAACCCGUUCCGCGAUGCCAUUGUGGCCGGCGAGGUCUGCCCCGUCUUCACGACGCGCAUGACGACGUCUGCCGAGCUACCCAUGGUGCUCAAAAUGGCCGGCGCCAAGGCCCUCUUCAUCGACAUGGAGCACUCGGCCUUUGACAUGCACGCCGUCGCCCAGCAGAUCCUCGCCUGCAACUACGCCGGCGUCUCGGCAAUUGUCCGCAUCCCCAGCAAGUCCCACUGGCACAUCAGCCGCAUGCUCGACUCGGGCGCCGCCGCCAUCGUCGUCCCCCACGUCGAGACCGUCGAGGAGGUCCGCCAGCUCGUCAAGGACGCAAAGUACGCCCCCAUCGGCGCCCGCGGCUGCUCCAACAUGCAGCCCCUCUUCAACUUUGGCCUCGUCCCCACAAAGGUCCAGAACGAGAUCCUCAACCGCGAGACCAUGCUCAUCCCCAUGAUCGAGACCCCUGGCGCCGUCGACCUCGUCGACGAGUUCCUCGCCGUCGAGGGUGUUGACGGCAUCCUCAUCGGCUCCAACGACCUGUGCUCCGACAUGGGCAUCCCCGGCCAGUACGACACGGCCCAGUACCAGGAUGCCAUCACCAAGAUCGUCCUCGCCGGCAAGAAGGUUGGCAAGCCCAUCGGCAUCGGCGGCAUCGGCGGCCGCCUCGACCUGCUCGAGAAGUGGUUCAACAUGGGCGCGACAUGGUCUCUCAGCGGAGGCGACCUGGCCUCCCUACAGGCCGCCAUCAAGAAGAUUGGCGAGAACUACUCGGCCAUUAACGAGCGUGUGCAGAAAGCCAAGGCGGCUGCAUCGUCAUGAUGUGGUAGAGACAGGGAGAGAGGAAAAGA